AUCUGCACAUUAUAAUACAUGCCUUUGUGUGCAUAAACCGGUACACGUAUUACCGUUUUCUAACAGACAGCAAUUUUUAACAAAAGUUUUCGGUUGUUCAAUGGCUUUUUAAACAACUAAUUAAUGCUGAGAUGUGUCUAUACGGAUCGAAAUCACUCUGCGGUACAACAGAAACUAAAGCGACUCUGAUAGAAAUAAAAUGGAAAUUUCCGGUUCGUUUUGAUCAUUCUAUGAGUUUUGAGUGUAUAUGGGACAGAUGUUGAUUUUAAAGAAUAUGUUAUGAUAUUUGAGAUAGGCUACUACAAAUGUUUUACAGUAGCCUCUUGCUCCUGCAAAAAUGUUUAAUUACGAUUACUGUCCGCAUUAUAGUUUAUUAUCGGUGAGAUAAAAGUUUUGGCAAAGUUUCAGAUACAGUGAGUAAAGUGAGUAAAGUGGGAAGUGUUGGGUGCGGGCGCUCGGCGCGCGGAAGGGUGGGGCAUUUUGUCAACGAGGGGGGCAGCUGAAAGCUGCGGGCAGACAGUCCCAGCGAAGGGGCGCUUUUCAAAUUUGGGAAACGGAGUAACAUAUGGACUUUACAUAUUUUUAAAAUAUUGAACGGCGUUUGUCCGUAAGAGGACAGUUGGAUGAAGUGCGGGGGCUACGUCAGGUAGGCUCUGUGUAUCUUUAUUUGUAACUAGUAUUAACUUAAUACCUGUGUAAGCAUAGAAAAAUAUCGCUGUACGAUCAACUGAUAUCUAACUACAUCUAAAGCACAAAAAUUAUAUCGAAUACGUAGAAGAUGCACAAGUAAUUCUUUCAAGUGUUUGUUUAGCGCAGCAGCAAAAUUUGUCCAAAGUUUUCCAGACUGUUCUGUGAGUAAUUCUCUGAUUUUCACUAUUUGCUGUGUUUAUUUUCCCUCUUGUAACUUUCAGAUUGUUAUUUAAUCCGUCCUUCAUCUUGUACAAUGAAUAUGGUGUGGGGUUGCUUUUAAAAAUCACCCAGGUGGUGGAAAUCAGACGGUCACCUAGAUGUAGAAUGAGGAGCUUGAUCUCCCGAAAAGGAGAGCUGGAAUAUUCACUGUGGUGCUUGUAGGCAUCUGAAAUUCCAAGGUGAAGAAGAUUUUGGGUUGAACUACAACCACCAUUCCGCUGGGUAUGCACACAGCACAAGCACAACAGAUUACAGUAUGCGGAAGGACACUGAAGGCAACAUGGCUACAAACAGUCUGGUAAAAGCAUAUGGAUCCUUCAAAUCAUCAGAAUGACCAGGGGAACACUGCCAUUCCUGGAGGCGAAUCUCUUGUGUGUUUCUCCUGCUUCCUGAGUGGAGAUGGUUUACAGGGCUUUGCUUUGGGUGAUGUGUAUUCACACUUUUGUGGCCUCUGGUCCACCGAGAUGUCCCUCCACGUCCCCCCAGGUCGUGGACUUCUCCAUCAGGUAUGUCCUGCCCCAUUUCCAGGCAGAGGGCUCCAUACAGAACAUCGUGAUUAAUUCCCAGUUCCAUGAGAUUUAUGUUGCCUCUCGGAAUGUGAUCGAGGCCGUAAAUGUGAGCCUGGGUAAAUUAUGGGAGCUUCCAACUGGUCCCGUGGGAAGCCCACAGUGCAGAGUUUGCUCCCUGUGCGACAUGGAGCGAGAUCCGAGUCAGCUGGAGGAUACGGACAAUCAGGUCUUGCUGUUGGACAUGUUUUACAUGAUUUUGUAUACGUGUGGGAGCUCUCAGUACGGCGUCUGCUAUUUACAUGAACUUAUCAAGAACAAGCGCCCUGCUAUUUCCAAGUGUAUGUUUAAGAAAGAGUCCAACUCCCCCUCCCACUGUCCAGACUGUGUUGCCAGUCCCCUCGGCACAAAAGUCACCAUGGUGGAGGAGGGACAGACGGUGUAUUUCUUUGUGGCUGCGACCGUCGACCGCAAUGUGACACAGAGUUAUGGCAAACAGUCCAUAUCUGUACGCCGGCCACUAGCGACAGAGGAUGGCUUCUACAGUGACAUGCAGGGGCUGACGGUUCUGCCAGAUCUUCGCUCCACCUAUCCCAUUCGAUACGUCUACAGCUUCUUCACGCAGGAGUUUGUGUACUUCCUAUCCGUGCAGCGUGAGAGUCCCUUCCAGGAGGGCUCGCCGCUGCAGACCCGGCUGGCGCGGCUGCCUCGUACCGAGUGGGAGGUGAAGCGUUACCGCGAGCUCGUGCUGGAAUGCCGCUUCGAGCCCAAGCGGCGGCGCAAACGAGGCAGCGACGAGGUCUUCCGGGACGUGGUGUACAACGUGUUGCUGGCGGCCCACUUCGGAAAGGCCGGCAAAGAGCUGGCUGACGAACUCGGCACCGAGGAGGAGGACGACAUCUUGUAUGGGGUGUUUGCCGUGACCAGUGAGUCCGGGGAGUCUGAGCAUGACUCCGCCCUCUGCGCCUUCCCUAUGGAUAACGUCAACAUCGCCAUCGACAAGGGAGUGGACGCAUGCUGCACGUCCGGCCCCGAGCAGCUGUCCAGGGGCCUCUGCUACUUCCAGUCCUGUGAGAACUGCCCACACGAGAGUAUGGAGAACAGCGCCUUCUGCAGGGACCAGCCCACCAUGGUGUCCAAGCCCUACUACAGGGUGGACCUCUUCAACAGACAGAUGCGGAGUGUCCUGCUCACCUCCCUGCUGGUGACCACUAUAGAGGACCAAACGGUGGCUCACAUCGGGACGUCGGAGGGGCGACUCCUGCAGGUCAUCUUGAGACGAUCCAGUCCUGUCAUCUUCGCUAAUUACUCCCUAGUGGAAAACCAAAGUGUUUCCCCGAUUGCUGCUGUCUAUUCUUCUGAAGAUCUGCUCUUUGUGGUUGGAAACAAGAUGAUCCGAGUACCCCAGAGAGGACCAGGCUGUCGCCAUUUCUUGACCUGCAGCAUGUGCCUGAAAGCUCCGGGCUUUAUGGGGUGUGGCUGGUGUUCGGGACAGUGCUCCUGGGAGGCUGAGUGCACCGCCACCUGGAGGAAGGAGUCCUGUCCUCCUGUCAUCAGCGAGUUCUUCCCAAAGUCAGCACCCCCUGAUGGCAAUACAGAGCUCACUCUGUGUGGCUGGGAGUUCCAGUCUCCUCUGCGACCCCCCAUUAAUCGAAGGACUCACAUGGUUAAAGUGGGACAGAAUAACUGUGCUGUCCAGCCAGAGAAAAGCAACAGCAGACGAUUGGUGUGUAGGAUUCAGUCUGGAGUUACUGAGCUGUUCCAGCCCGUUGCCAUCACGGUUCAAGUAUACGAAGGGAAGGUAGAAGGACUUUAUUCCAUCAACGGAGAAGCAGUGAUGGAAGGAUUCAGCUUUGUGGUGCCUGAGAUCACAAACAUCCUGCCAGACUAUGGUCCUCGCGAUGGGGGUACCCCUGUCACGGUGACUGGGAAUCACCUGUAUACUGGAAGGACCAGAAGAGUCAGUCUGGGUGAUGAAGACUGCCCAUUAAUAAAGUCUCAAGGAGAAGCCAAGGGAUCCGUGUCUACAAUAGUCUGCCUCUCCAAGAGGGUGACACGGGUACAGGACACGAUCCUGAGGGUAUAUAUUGAUGAAUCGCCAGUACGCACAACCCGAGGUUUCCACUACAAAGAGACACCAGAGAUCACAGAGGUACUUCCACUCUGCAGCUUUGACAGAGGUUCUCAAAUUACCAUCAAGGGUCAGAAUCUCGAUUCUGUCUACAAGACUGUUAUCUGGUUUAGACCCAGAGAGACCCACUUAAAGCCUGUCUUUAAGGAGUGCAUUAGCGGGGCAAACAAGACACUGAUUGUCUGCCGGGCUCCUCCCUUCCACCGAGAUGAGUCAGAAGAGGGAGUGAUCUCCUUCGACAUGGAUGGUGCCUUGGGACUUUGGAACAAGGAGUUCUCGUACCACCCUUAUGCAGAGCCCAUCCCGUUUGAGAAUGAAGGCAACAUCCUGAGACUGGCCUCUGGCGAGGAUGAGGUCUCACUGCAUCACAAGCGGUUGAACCUGGUAAGCUCCUGCAUGAAGAUCACCAUGUCUGUGGGAGGAGUCGAUUGCAAUGCCCAAGUGCUGGAUAAUGAAAUCACCUGCAGGAUCCCUAAAAACCUGACGUUCCCCAGCGAAGGGUUACCAGUACGGAUUUCUGUGAAUGGACAGGUCCUGGACAUGGGCCGUGUGGUGAAGGUCAGUAACCACUCCAUGGUGGGUGUCGUGCUGGGUAUCCUCUGCGCGCUCGUCAUUGGAGCUGUGCUGGCAUUUCUCAUCAUGAAGCACCUGAGGAGGAAGAAGAAAAAAGUCUCCACGCUGGAGAGCCACCUGUCCCAUUACUCAAGUGGCCAGAACCAAAUGGGCAGCAAUGUGGACAUGUCUACUGCGGGUGACUACAGACAAGAGUGGUCCAUCCCCGGCAGUCUGAGCUCAGGGUCAGCACUGGCGUUCCCUGCUUUGCCCUAUGCUGCCAAUAUCGAGAGCCCACUGGCACCUCUCCUGCCCCCGGAGAAGAUCUCCCUCUCCAGCUUCAGACCGAAGCUGCUGGAGGAGGUGAAGGACGUUCUCAUCCCUGCCGAGAUGCUCAAUGUCCAUCUUCAUCGGAUCAUCGGAAAAGGUCACUUUGGAACAGUAUACCACGGCUAUCUCACUGACCAGAGCAAUAGAGAGAUCCACUGUGCAGUGAAGUCGUUAAACAGGAUCACUGACGUGGAAGAGGUAGAGCAGUUCCUGCGAGAAGGCAUCCUAAUGAAGGAGUUCCACCACAGCAACGUGCUGUCGCUCCUGGGCAUCCUGCUCCCUCCGGGUGGCUUACCUCUGGUGGUGCUGCCUUACAUGAAGCACGGCGACCUGCGUCACUUCAUCCGCUGCGAAAACAGGAAUCCCACAGUGAAAGAUCUAAUUGGCUUCGGGGUCCAGGUUGCCAAGGGGAUGGAGUACUUGGCUCAGAAGAAAUUUGUGCACAGGGACCUGGCAGCUCGCAAUUGCAUGUUGGAUGAGUCGUACACUGUGAAGGUGGCCGACUUUGGCAUGGCACGGGAUGUCUUUGAUAAGGAGUAUUACAGUAUCCAGGACCACCGGAAAGCAAAGCUGCCUGUCAAGUGGAUGGCCAUCGAAAGCCUGCAGACACAGAAGUUCACCACCAAGUCAGACGUGUGGUCCUUUGGAGUCUUAAUGUGGGAGAUGCUGACCAGAGGAGCAAGUCCUUAUCCAGAGGUAGAUCCCUAUGACAUCACACAUUACCUGCUGAAGGGGAGGAGACUACCCCAGCCACAAUACUGUCCCGAUCCCUUGUUUACCAUCAUGCUGCAGUGCUGGGACCCUGAUCCAGACCUCAGACCCACCUUUGCCUGCCUUGUCUCAGAGAUACUGGACAUCCUUUCUAACCUGGAGGGUGAGCACUACAUCAGCCUUAACGUGACCUAUGUUAAUCUGGACCAACCACGCCCCUACCCGGCACUCACCGAGUCCGCUGAUGAGUCUGAUCCUUCUGACCCGGAGCACGCAGAUGCAAACUGCCUUUAAUGGCACGGGAUAGGAGGUGGGGGGGGUCAGAUGGCAGUUUUCAGCGGAUAUGAGUUGCUGUUGCCCGGUGUGGUGGGACAGUCAUGAAGACGACUGAAAGCUCCGCGUCACACACUGUCUCCGGGGAGAUUUCUCUGUCUAACGAGAGGACAAUCUGCAGUCUUUAUAACCAGCCUUCAGCACGGAAGGAAAUGCACUGCAUAUGUCUGAGGCCUUGUGACAGUUUUGUCGAGGCGGCUGUCUGCAAGCCUCUCAGCUACAUUGUUUGGAGAAGCUCCAUUAAGACGCACACGGCCUGGGUGUUUUCCUCUUUGUGAGAAAGACAAACCGGAAGGCAAGCAACACAUUUCUUAGUACAGUCAGAAUAAUGUCUUAUCUGGAUAUCUAUAUAUACACAGUAGACAGAGGCAGCCAUGCAUAACUAUAAUCAUAUAUGUUACCUUAAUGAUAAAUGUACAGUAGACAGCCAUAGAGAUGUAAGUACAAUCAGAUGAAUACCUCACUUUAAAAUAUAUAUAUAUAUAUACUUGCCUAUUCAGAUUGUAUAUUUUGGAUCGUAAAUUUGAGAAUAAUUGAGUUUUAUAUUUUAAAAAUACAAAGUUAUAUUUGU